AUGUCUGCUCUAAGGAUCCUCGUUCCCGUCAAGCGGGUCAUUGACUAUGCGGUCAAACCCCGGGUCAACAAGGCGCAGACGGCCGUCGAAACCGCCGGCGUCAAGCACUCCAUGAACCCGUUUGACGAAUUAUCAGUCGAGGAGUCCGUCCGCAUCCGCGAGGCGAAGCGAGCCCCCGGCGGCGUCGAAGACAUUUGCGCCAUCUCCGCCGGUCCAACCAAGGCGCAGGACAUCCUGCGAACAGCCAUGGCCAUGGGCGCCGACCGCGGCAUCCACGUCGACGUCAAGGAGGGCGACGACCUGGAGCCCCUCACCGUCGCCAAGAUGCUCAAGAAGGCGGCGGAGGAGCAGAAGAGCAACCUCGUCAUCCUGGGCAAGCAGAGCAUCGACGACGACGCCAACCAGACGGGCCAGAUGCUCGCCGGGCUGCUGGGCUGGCCCCAGGCCACGCAGGCCAGCAAGGUUGAGUUUGGCGAGGGGGACAGCGUCACCGUGACGAAGGAGGUUGACGGGGGUGUUGAGACGAUCCGCGCGAAGCUGCCGAUGAUUAUUACGACGGACUUGCGACUCAAUGAGCCGCGGUAUGCGAGCUUGCCGAAUAUCAUGAAGGCUAAGAAGAAGAAGAUGGAGAAGAAGACGUUGAAGGACUUUGGGCUGGAGAAUGAGAAGCGGCUUAAGGUUUUGAAGGUUACGGAACCUGCGCCGAGACAGGGUGGUGGCAAGGUGGAGGAUGUUGAUGGGUUGAUUGGCAAGUUGAAGGAGUUGGGUGCGCUGUAA